CAUUAUUCACACAGGUAGAUUCACAUUGUGAAGGGUUAUUGUUUUUAUUCAGACCAUCUUGUACCCUCUUUAUAUUCUUAAAUUCACUUGAAAGAAAGCCCGUACAGUGAACGAGGCUGUUGGUGUCAAAGGACGACCAAACCAAAACUAAAGCGGGCCCGGACCAUCAGGAGUCCAGUACUCCACAAGCCACGCGAAUGCCGCCUCAUCCUCUUUCAUCUUUACAAACCCAAGCUUCGUUUCUAUCUACGAUUCUACCGUUCUGCGCACAAACGUCCUGAUUGUGCCUCCCACCUCAAUUCUUGAUCAUUCUGGAAUUUGGGGAACAAAGACCGCUUUCACUCGGACUACUUAAACUACUGGGCGCAAGAUAACAGGACCAUGGUGGCGGGCUUCGCUCCAAUCGACCCUCCCUCCACCAAUGGAGGGGGGUCGAAGAAGAAGGUCGCGUACUUCUACGAUUCUGAUGUCGGAAACUAUGCAUAUGUUGCAGGCCAUCCCAUGAAGCCUCAUCGCAUAAGGUUGGCCCAUAGCCUGAUUAUGAACUAUGGGACGUACAAGAAGAUGGAAAUAUAUCGAGCCAAACCAGCUACAAAGCAUGAAAUGACCCAAUUUCAUACGGACGAGUAUGUCGACUUUCUCCAGAAGGUUACGCCUGACAAUAUGGACGCCUUCAUGAAAGAGCAAGGCAAGUUCAACGUCGGCGAUGAUUGCCCUGUCUUCGAUGGCCUCUUCGAGUUCUGUGGUAUUUCCGCUGGUGGCAGCAUGGAGGGCGCCGCACGCCUCAACCGAGGCAAAUGCGACAUCGCCGUCAACUGGGCGGGUGGACUCCAUCACGCCAAGAAGAGCGAGGCCAGUGGUUUCUGCUACAUCAAUGAUAUUGUCCUCGGAAUCAUCGAACUUCUGCGCUUCAAGUCGCGAGUUCUCUACAUCGAUAUCGAUGUCCACCACGGCGACGGUGUCGAAGAAGCAUUUUACACUACCGAUCGCGUGAUGACAUGCUCCUUCCACAAGUACGGAGAGUACUUCCCUGGAACUGGAGAACUCCGCGAUAUUGGUGUCGGCCAGGGCAAAAACUACGCUGUAAACUUCCCUCUCCGCGACGGCAUCGACGACGCUUCCUACAAGUCGAUCUUUGAGCCAGUUAUAUCCGCAGUCAUGCAGUACUACAGGCCCGAGGCUGUUGUUUUACAAUGUGGUGGAGACUCGCUAUCGGGCGACCGUCUCGGAUGCUUCAAUCUGAGCAUGAGGGGUCACGCCAAUUGCGUCAAAUUUGUCAAGAGCUUUGGCCUUCCUACCCUGGUCCUUGGUGGAGGUGGUUAUACCAUGAGAAACGUCGCACGUACCUGGGCCUACGAGACCGGAUUACUUGUCGGCGAAGAGAUGAACGCAGUGUUGCCUUUCAACGAAUAUUACGAGUAUUACGGCCCUGACUACGAGCUGGAUGUUCGUUCGUCAAAUAUGGAGAACGCAAACUCCAAUGACUACCUUGAGAAGAUCAAAAUCCAGGUCAUCGAAAACUUGAAGAAAACUACGUUCGCGCCGUCUGUCCAGAUGCAAGACGUCCCCAGAGAACCUAUGGGAGGCAUGACUGAAGAGGAAGAGGCCGAGCUCGACGACCUUGAUGAGGACGAAAACAAGGAUGUCCGCAAUACCGAGCGCCGAUGGGACAAAGCUAUCACCAGGGACGAUGAGUUGGAUGAGAGCGAUGAUGAAAAAUCAGGACACGCCAAUGGCGUCCGCCCACAAAACGGAGUGCCGAAACGCAUGAAUAUCAUGGACUACCAGAACGCAAAUGCUGUGGAUUCCGAGGCAGCAGGUGGGAUCCAGACUCCAGACGUCGCACCGGAAGUCGAUGAAGCAACAGCAGUUGCGACAGAAGCCAAUGCAGAGGUCAAUGAAGAAGUCAUGCGAAGCAAAUCUUUAAACCCGACGCUUUCAGCUCUCGCCGAAGCUGGCGCGUCAAGCUCAAACAUAGCAUCACGACCUGAAUCACCUGCUCAGGUAGACGCGAUGGGUGAUGUGGACAUGGACAAGCCAGUCAUGGAACCAAAGGCACCCGACGAGCCAAUACCGGAAGCUGCUGCCGAUGAAGUAGCUGCUGCACCCGUUGCGACCCCGCCGAUAUCACCCGUUUCUGCUGCCGCCGCAGUAGAGGCCCCUACACCAGCUGAGUCCGAAUCAGAAACAAAACCCACGCCAACUGCCAUGGAUGAUGUGCGGUCUGCAGCAGCAGAAGAACGCGAUGCUGAGGAUGUAAAGGACGAAGUUGCAGCAGAAGUGGCAGAUAAGAUGGACGAGUCAUAAGUCAUUCAGCCUGUGCCUUCACACACAUCUUGAAGGCAUGAACUCAAUCUCGAAUACCUUCACUGGACUGGCGCGGACAUUUUAGCAUUAUUUCGUGCGUUUUCGGCGCUCAUGUAUUUCACGGUAUAUCUGAAAAGGGUGCUUCAGGCGUAUGGUAAUGAAAGGGGUAGAGGGGGCCUCCUUGGCCGUUUUUAAUGGAAUCAGGAGUUUCGAGUUCAAAUGAUUUAUCUCGAUGCCUCUUAGCUGGUACCUGCUAGAAUAGAUACCAAUGGUAAUAUUCACAUACAUAGGCUCCUCGAAUGAUAUUGCACGAUCGAACUGCUGUCAGGUGGAUUUGUUUCUUGUUAACAGUCAUUUUGUAUUCUGCUAAUUCACAAUGUAUGCCUCAGG